UAUAAUUCAGUAGCAUAACAUCGUUGUUUAAAGCGAUAAUGUUCAUAGCUGAGACUUAAACCUACAAUAUUAAUAUUCCGCAUUAACUGUAUGAUCGUUUACAAGGAUAUUGGUUACCUGAAUACAGUUCAGUGUUUCAGCUCUUUAUGAAGUUGUCACACUCGACGAGAGUGUUCAUUGGCGUCUGAUUUCGCCGUUUCUGUCCUUUCCCGGCGCAUAGCCGAAGAAAGCCUCACGGUGUCCUUUUCCAUUGAGUUUCCAGGUGGGCGACAACACGCCCCAUGGCUUCUCUUACAGACGUGUGCUGUAUUCUCGUGCUAUAAAGUUGAUAGUAACUGUUCAUGCAAAGAGGGUUAAACGAACAACUACCAUAUACGUCAAAUAUGAGACAAAGCACGUGAAAAUGGGAGAAGAAGAUUUGAAACGUUUUUCUAUAAAACUAGCACAGGUUAUGGAUGAUAUUGGAGUAAAUGAAGAAAUUAUAUCUUUGAGACGCCAUAUCAGAUUUCUAAUGGAUAGAAUUUGGAAUAUACGUUGCAAUAGCUUGCAUUUUAAACAUGAAACAUUUGGUAGUCAAAGCGAGGGUUCUACGACCAUUGGUAUGCAGUCCGACAUCGACACACUUUGUUAUUCUGACAGACAUGUAGCCUGUGUACACUUGUCAGAUUGUCAGGAUUCGAAAUCUAAUUAUUUUGUGUUUAAAGAACCAACGUCUUUACCACAAUGCUGCUACCUACAGGCCGUUGGAAGAUUGGAGAACAACACAUAUUUUCUUGUGAAAAGAGACAUCAAAUCUCACUCAGAAAGCAUUGGAAAUGGUAUGUGUCCGUUUAUAUAUGAUCAAAAAGGUCGACUUUUGUUAAACUCCACGUCAAUUAUAAACAUGUUUAUACAAUUCUUGGACAAUCAUAGUCCAUCAAAUGUGCGACAAAAUGGACCUGCAUUCACGUUUAAUGAUGAUGAAGACAACGUCAUUGCAAUACGCUGCAUGAUUUUGCCGGAUAAUUGUAAGGUUUUGUUUACGAGACCAAGGCCCGGCCACUGGCCCACACAAGGGACGCUUUCAAAGGCAAAACAAUGCGAAGUGUAUAUGGUACAUCCCGGACUUCAGGGGCAUAGAUUUGGUUACAAUAAUGAACGUCGAGUUAGCUUCAUUAAGCUCCAAUAUCAACAUGAGUAUGUUGAUUCGCAAUUUCGAAUUUCCACUAACAUGACUGAGCGUUUAUUACUGUUUGACCUUAACAUUGUACAAAUGAAGGUGUACAUUAUAACAAAAAUGAUUCGAAAAGAAUUUAUACAACCUAUUGUUGAUGAAUGCUUGAGUACUUUUCACAUGAAAACGGCUGUUUUGUUUACAAUAGAACAAUUUCCAGAAAACAUAUGGAGAGAUGACAAUCUUGUGCAGUGUGUAAUCUACUGUCUCAACACACUAAGGCGCUUUUUAAAAAGAGGCUACUGUCCACAUUACACAAUCUCCUCUGUCAAUUUGUUUGGAGGUAAACUUACGGUAAAUGAAUUCAAGAUUGUGAAGGAAAAUGUUACAGAGAUUAUUAACUCAAGCUUAAGCUGUCUUCGAAAGUUAUGUAUGGAUGACGUAGGUUUAAGACUAUCUGCGAGUUCCGUUGGUUUAAGAAAGGGCAAUAUACUAUCUGGCCCAGAAAUGCGUUUUACAAUAAUAAUGCAGGUGAUAAAAACGUGUCGUCAUGAUCAUGAGCAAAUGCUCUUAGUCAAUUACACCAUUUUAGAAAUGUGGGUCUUAGCAAUAAAGUCAGCAAUUGCAACUAACUGCGAAUACAAAAAGGAGCUUGAAUAUAUUUUUCAAAGUAUGUGUAACAAUUUAGCUUCACAGAAAGCAUCUGCUUGUAUAGCAAACGGCAGGGAGGUAACACGUGACAUAAUAUGCAUGUAUGAAACAUCUCUUAGAUCUUCAGAAAUCUCGAAUCAUAUAAGAUAUGCUUCAAUGCUAGUAUGCACAACUCAGUUUGAACGUGCUUAUGCAUUACUUGAAACAAUUGAACGUAUGAUUAUAUCAGAUAUGAUUCAAAUCAGAGAACUAUCGAAAAAAAGCACCAAUGUCAAACGUAAGACAGAUUACAGAUCAGACGAGUUUCCACCUACUGAAAUAAUAAACAAAUAUGUAUCGAAUAUAAUUUAUCCUCUCAAGUUUAUUAGAAGUGAAAUACAUUGUGUUCCAGGCCACCUGAUAUAUGAAAAUUUUAGGUCCAUUACAGACGAUGAAAUACAAUAUUCAGAAUCACAUGCAUGUGAGCGUAAUAUUUAUCCUGUGUUUGUAUCCAAUCUCCAAGCAUUUCUUUACUAUUUACAAUACCUUUCAUCAAAGAAUAGAGACCAAAAGCUACGUUCAUUAGCACAGCUUUCAGACUACUGCGAGAGGAAAGUACAAAUAAGAAAAAGGGACCACUUACAUGUAGCUACAGCACUUCACAUGUUAGGUCAUAUUGUUGAAUUAGAAAACCGUUUGCCAGAUGCAUGGAAAUUAUACAGAUUAUCCGUUGCAAUAAAGCCAAAAUUUAAUGCAGCUUAUUGGCAUCUUUUUAGAUUAUUGGGACAAGUUGUGUAUAGUAAAUCGAGGUAAUCAUUUUAACAAUAGAUCGAUACAAUUGCAAACAAGUGUGAUUCAAUACGUACGAAUUAUUGUAUGCUUGUUGAACAAGUUCAAAACCAUUAUUUAACCAUUAAACAUCGUUUAAUGCGAUAGCCUUAACUGAAUUAGAAAGAAAACUAUGCAAGAAAUGUACGCAUCAUGUUAUAAUGUUUGUUGUUGCUUUAAACACGUUCGUAUUUUCGUAUAAUGAAAUACACGUUAUUCACAUGAAUAGUUUAGUUAGAUGUAUUGCAUUCUGUAUUACGUUGCACAUAUAUUUGUACCUGCUCAUUUUAGUAAUUGGAUCGAGACAAAUACUAGUUGUGGUAAAUGCAUUUAAAUAAAGAAGAUAACUUUAUAUAAUAGAGGGAGCUUCGCAUGAUUCAAUAGACAUGAUUGAACAUUUCACAGGAAUUUUAUGAAAUGUUAAAUCCGAAACCCGAGUUACGUUCACUAGAAGAUUUUAAGACAUAAGAGUUGCUAGUGGAGAGAAAUUAAGACAUAAGAGUUGCUAGUGGAGAGAAAUUGCCAUAUAGUGGCUAUGUAGAGAUAGACAUUACUAACCUUGCUUGACAGAUAAAGUGUUCACGAUACCUUCGUUGGUAGUCGGAGCUAUAUCUUACAACAAAAAAGUUCCCAUUGUAGUUGGAACUAACGUGAUUAGGCAAGCUCGUCUACACACAAAGGAUGAAGACGAAAUUCCUGAUGUAUGGAACGACGCCUUCGCUUCGAUACACGUUUCAAGUGUAGGAGUGGUAAAAACGACGAAACCGAUUACCAUUGAGCCAUUUGACACCAUCAUCGUCACAGGAUUCGUGAGGCAGAACAGGAAUUGACAUGACGCCUUAUCCGUGAUCGCUCCGCCCACUAGAAUUGAUCCACCAAUCAGCGAUCGAUUAAUCGGGCGCACUCGUUAGCAACGACUUGUCCUCCAUUUUCUAGACAAGCUACAUGUUUAGGUUCCCUUUUAUUCCAACGAGUUUCUUUUGUUUUCCUCUUUAAAAAACCAUUAAAAUGGUUAAACAGUGUCAAUGGGGAUUAUGUAACUCGGACAAUCGAUAUCCUGACAGAUUAGUUGGUGACAUUGAAUUUAUUUCGUUUCCAAAGCCGUAAAAAUACCAUUUCCAACGCGGCAAUGCGGUCUUGACAAGAGCGAGUGGAAGCUUCAAGAAUUACCGAGAUCCCCUUUAUAGAACAUUAAUUUAUUUCACAAACUUGAAAUGUCAUAUAUGCAAUAACUAGGCAUUAUUAAGUAUGUAUUAUGUCACGUGUGCAUGUAAAUAAUUGAGAAUUUCGGUACCCAAUUUGUGUAACUUUACGAAAUCCCCGUUAAAAAUCACGUAUCUGUGUGUGUCAGAAACAAGUGAAAACCAUUUUGUUAUUAUUUUAAUAAAGACGUAUCGAUAAAUGCUA